AUGGCGGCCGUACAAGGUGGUCUGGUGGAUUCAGAGGAAGAGAAGGACAUUAAAACAGAUCCAUCCAGUGAUGUUUGUGGAAAUAGCACAAAUGCAGCUGAACCCAAACCCGCCUCUACUUCUCCCGGGACUAAUGCUCCGUGUGCAGCCGUCAAACCGGCCGCUGGCUCCGCGGAGGAGCAGCAGACUCUGCUCGCGGUUCUGCAGUUCCUCCGAAAGAACAACUUGAGCGAGUCCGUGGAGAUUCUACGGCGCGAAGCGGGUUUACCAGAGGAUCUGCUGGACGGAAAGGGCUUGGAUGGUUCUGGGGCCGGAGCUGGAGCCGCUGCGGGCGGAGUGGGGCUGGAAGGAGGCGACUCUCUGCUCAGCCGGGUCACCGCCGCGGUCCCCGGGACUCAGCAGACCACUAAAGUCACAAGUAACGACCAGCCUGAUGUGAGUGUUGUCCUGUCAGCCUACAGUCAACAAGGAGACCCAACGUUAUAUGCGGUUUAUUACAGUGACCUUAAAAAGUUCAUAGAAACGGUUUUGGAUUGUCACCGAGCAGAGCUUUCCCAAGUUUUUUACCCACUAUUUGUUCAUAUGUAUCUGGAGCUCGUGUACAACAAUCAUGAAAAUGAGGCCAAGUCAUUUUUUCAAAGGUUUAGUGGGGAUCAAGAGUGUUAUUAUGAAAACGACCUCAGAAUUCUGUCCAGUCUCACCAAAAGGGAGCACAUGAGGGGAAAUGAAACUCUCCUGGACUUUCGCACCAGCAAAUUUGUCCUGCGCAUUUCCCGUGACUCGUACCAACUGUUGAAGAGACACCUGCAGGAGCGUCAGAACAACCAAAUCUGGAAUAUCAUCCAGGAGCAUCUGUAUAUCGACAUCUUUGAUGGCAUGCCCCGUAGCAAGAGUCAAAUUGAUGCUAUGUCUGGCAGCUUAGCUGGUGAAGCAAAACGAGAUGCCAAUAAGUCAAAGGUUUAUUAUGGAUUACUGAAAGAACCAGAAAUUGAAUUACCUCUUGAUGAUGAAGACGAGGAGGCUGAAAACGAAGAGGGAAAACCCAAGAAAAAGAAACCCAAGAAGGAUAGUGUGGGAUCCAAAAGCAAAAAGCAGGACCCAAAUGCCCCUACGCAAACAAGGAUACCAUUACCAGAGCUUAAGGACUCAGACAAAUUAGACAAGAUCAUGUACAUGAAAGAGUCCACUAAAAGAAUUCGAGUCGGACGAGAAACACUUCCGUCUAUUUGUUUUUAUUCAUUUCUUAAUGCAUAUCAGGGUCUAACUGCGGUGGACUUCACAGAUGAUUCCAGUUUAAUUGCAGGCGGCUUUGCAGACUCUACAGUACGUGUGUGGAGUGUCACACCAAAGAAACUUCGAAAGGUCAAGUCUGCAGGAGACCUAAACCUGAUUGACAAGGAGUCAGAUGAUGUGUUGGAGCGGAUCAUGGAUGAGAAAACUGCCAGUGAGUCAAAGAUCCUCUAUGGACACAGUGGCCCGGUGUAUGGAAUCGGCUUCAGUCCUGACAGAAAUUAUCUUUUGUCAAGUUCUGAAGAUGGGACUAUCAGACUAUGGAGUCUUCUCACCUUUACAUGUCUGGUGGGCUACAAAGGCCACAACUACCCAGUAUGGGACACACAGUUUUCGCCUCAUGGAUAUUAUUUUAUCUCUGGAGGACAUGACAGAGUCGCUCGUUUGUGGGCAACUGACCAUUAUCAACCGCUGAGGAUAUUUGCUGGACACUUGGCUGAUGUCACAUGUACACGCUUUCAUCCAAACUCCAAUUAUGUGGCCACUGGAUCGUCUGAUCGCACAAUUCGCCUUUGGGACGUGCUGAAUGGCAACUGUGUUCGAAUUUUCACUGGGCACAAGGGACCUAUACAUGCCCUGGCAUUCUCUCCCAAUGGGAAGUUCCUUGCUUCAGGAGCAACAGAUGGUCGAGUUCUGCUUUGGGACAUUGGGCAUGGAAUAAUGAUUGGAGAGCUAAAAGGCCACACAGACUCGAUCUAUUCACUCAGAUUUAGCAGAGAUGGAGAGAUUCUGGCAUCAGGUUCCAUGGAUAACACAGUUCGCCUUUGGGAUUCAAUGAAAGCAUUUGAUGAUCUAGAGACAGACGACUUCACAGCUACGACAGGACACAUCCAUCUGCAAGAUAACUCCCAAGAACUUUUGCUUGGCACGUACACAACUAAAUCUACACCGGUUAUUCACCUUCACUUCACAAGAAGAAAUCUACUGCUUGCUGCCGGAGCCUAUAAUCCUUGA